AUGGAGGUGGUGUCUGUCAAAGAGGAGGAGCUUCCAGCCGUCCAGACCCCGCCCACUGCACCUGUCAGUCAUCAGGGCUGCUCCAAUGAAAACGCUCCUCCAGAAACGAGCGAGCCGCCCAGCGAGCUGAUCCCGCCCCCUGGCCACACGACAGCCAAUAAUAUUCAAGAUUCACUCCCAGACACAGGCCCUCAUGCCUCAAUACCGCCCAUCACUAAAGUACAACCCUUCUUCUCUGACGUGCGUAGCCGGCUGUAUGCGCGGCGUGUCGAGGUGUCUAUCGUCGUGUGUGUCGUCGUCGCUCUCAUCCUCAUCCUCGGCAUCGCACUCGGAGUGGGUUUAAGUUGUGUAGGUAAAUUCCAGUGCGGAGAGACGAGUCAGUGUGUGUCCACUUCUGCUGUCUGUGACGGGAAAGAAGACUGUCAAGCAGGAGACGACGAGCUGGGCUGUGUGCGUGUGGCGGGUCGUAAGCGUGUGUUACAGGUGUUUUCGUCGGGUGUGUGGAGGAGUGUGUGUGCAGACGGCUGGAAGUCGGAACUCACGCGGCACGCCUGCUAUCAACUGGGGUACAGCAGUUCUGUUGACUCCGCCCUCUUGUCCAUCUACUCGGUGGAGGAGGAGUUUCGAGGUCACCUGGUGUCAAUCAACAUCACAGGAAGUGAUGUCACAGGAAGUGGCGUAACAAAGUCCCGCCUACUGAACACCACAGACUCACGCCCCCCACAAGACCAACAGCCAAUCAAACUGCACAACAGCAGCUACCUGACUCACACACACUGCCCCUCUAUCAUGCUCGUCACACUCAGGUGUCAAGCAUGCGGUUCCAGGCCGGCCUAUAGGGGGCGUAUUGUGGGCGGUGAGGUCUCAACGGCUGGUCAGUUCCCCUGGCAGGUGAGUCUUCAUAUCCAGAGUGUUCAUCUGUGUGGAGGAUCCAUCAUCACACACACCUGGGUAGUCACCGCGGCCCACUGCGUAUACGGGUUUGCCUACCCCUCCUUGUGGGCGGUCUACGUGGGGCUGAUCGACCAACCGGUGAAUGGGGCGGAGUCCGUGGGUGUGGCCAAGAUCAUCUACCACGCCCACUACCACCCCCGCCGCCUCGACUACGACAUCGCACUCAUCAAACUGUCCAAUAGCCUCGCAUUCAGCAGCGUGGUGCAGCCCAUUUGUCUGCCUGGCUCCGGUGAGGAUUUCCAAGAUGGCAGCCUGUGCUGGAUCUCAGGAUGGGGCAGCUCAGAAUACGACGGAGAGGCCAGUGUGUCUCUGCAGGGUGCGCGUGUCCCUCUGCUCUCCUCCAAAGUGUGUGUGCAGCCGGGUGUGUAUCAGGGGAUGAUCUCUCCUGCGAUGGUCUGCGCCGGAUACCUCGAGGGAGGAGUGGACUCGUGUCAGGGUGACAGUGGGGGUCCCCUGGCGUGCGAGGGGGCGGAGUCUGUCUGGACGUUGGUGGGCGUGGUCUCUUGGGGGGAAGGGUGUGCGGAGCGGAACAAGCCUGGAGUUUACACACGCGUCACACACACGCUACGCUGGAUACACACGCAGAUGGAGAAAGAAAACCUCAUCCCCUCCACAGUCAGCGCAGGAGACUGA